CGCAUUCGAUGGAAUUUUAUCGCACCAUUAUCGCCGAAUCAAGGAGGAUUGUGGGAACGAGCCGUAAGAAGUGCAAAGAAUCACUUGCGUCGUGUUAUUGACACGCAGAUAUUGACUUUCGAAGAAUUUGCCACCGUUUUAGCAUCAGUUGCAGCUUGCAUGAAUAGUCGCCCACUGAUUGCUCUUGAUGAUGACCCAACAGCAUGCGAAGCGCUCACACCAGCUCAUUUGGUCGUUGGUCGCCGAUUGAUUGGCCCAAUACAAUUUGAUUACACAUCGAUACCGGACAACAGAUUGACGCGUUGGCGUUUGAUUCAAAAGAUUGCUCAAGAAUUUUGGUCACGCUGGCAUAGUAAAUAUGUAGCGCAGCAAAUCGAAACAUCGAAAUGGAAUCAGAAGAAGGAAAACAUCGAAGUUGGAGACAUUGUGCUCGUCAAUCAUGACAACUUACCGCCUACUCACUGGCCGCUGGCACGAGUAAUUACAACAUUCCCAAGAGAUGAUGGAUGUGUGAGAAAUGUUGAAGUGAAGCUUGGAUCGUCCACAUUCAAACGAGGAAUUAACAAAAUUGCACGCUUGCCAAUCAACGAUGAAUGA